AUGAUCUGGGGAAAUCACUCGGUGCUGAUGGAGUUUGUGUUCCUGGCCUACCCCUCCUGCCCAGAGCUGCGUGCCCUGUCCUUCCUGGGGGUCGGCAUGGCUUAUGCAUUUAUCAUCACUGGGAAUGUGCUCAUUGUGGUGUCCAUCCAGAGGGAAGCCCGUCUCCACGUGCCCAUGUACUAUUUCCUGGGCAGCCUCUCAGGGGUGGAAAUAUGCUACACUGCUGUGGUGGUGCCUCACAUCCUGGCCAACACCCUGCAGUCAGAGAAGACCAUCACCCUCUUGGGCUGCACCACUCAGAUGGUCUUCUUCAUUGGAUUUGGCAGUGCUGAUUGCUUCCUCUUGGCUGUGAUGGCCUAUGACAGAUAUGUUGCCAUUUGUCACCCCUUGCAGUACCCUCUCAUCAUGACCUUGACUGUCUGUGUCCGCCUGGUUGUGGCAUCCGUGGUCACUGGCUUGUUCCUGUCCUUACCACUGGGGCCCUUCAUCUUCUCUCUGCCCUUCUGCCAGACCCCGGGUAUUCAGCACUUCUUCUGUGAUGUGCCACCAAUAAUGAGUCUUGUGUGUGCCAACAGCCACUUCCAUGAGCUGUUGGUGCUGGUGGCAGCCACACUGGCCAUUGCCGUGCCCUUCUUCCUCAUUGCCACCUCCUACGCCUUCAUAGUGACCGCUGUGCUCAAGAUGCGCUCGGCCGCUGGCGGCCGCAGGGCCUUCUCCACCUGCUCCUCGCACCUCACCGUGGUGUCGCUGCAGUACGGCUGCGGCGCCUUCAUGUACCUGCGCCCCAGCUCCAGCCACCACCCCCGGCAGGAUCAGCUCAUCUCGCUGGUCUACAUCCUGGGCACCCCACUGCUCAACCCUCUCAUCUACACGCUGAGGAACAGCGAGAUGAAAGGGGCCAUCCGGAAGGUGCUUGCCAGGAAUUGCGGCUCCCUGAGAGGCUAG